UUUCCCAUUUUACUCCACAGUGCAAAGUCUCACUGAUUUGUAGAUUUUACCACUCCCGACCGCCUUCUUCCGUAUUCAGUUGCAAUUCAACCACAAGGAACAACCAUCGACGGCAUGCUUUCACUUGUGAAGCACACCGCCAGAGCUCUAACGACAGCCCUCCGCAGCCGUAAAACCCCUGUUGGGGUGACGCCAUCAUGGUCGAUUUCGCGCCAAAAAUGGGACGGAACGGAGUUCGAUCACAUUAGGGCUGACGUUAACUGCCCCCGGUGCUCAAACCAAAUGCCCGUGCUUUUCUCUAACCGCCCACUCUCCAUCACGGCGCGGGAGCCAGGCCUCUACCAGGCUCUCAAUCUCUGCCCUACCUGUAAAACGGCCUUCUAUUUCCGGCCGUUUAAGCUGGUUCCUUUGCAGGGGAGCUUCGUGGAACUGGGGAGGAUCAUGGGGGACACCGAGGGGAUUUCGGGAAAAGAACCCGGCCAGAUUGCAAAACUCAGUGAUGACCAUGAUGAUGCUGAUGAAGACAAAGGUGACCUGGCGAGGAGGUUGGAGAGGGAAUUGCCCACCCCGAAGGCGAUUUGUGGGAGGCUGGAUGAGUUUGUCAUCGGCCAACAACAGGCAAAGAAGGUGCUAUCUGUAGCAGUUUACAACCACUACAAAAGGAUAUAUCAUGCCUCCCAGCAGAACGAGGCUUGUAUAUUGGGUGAUGAUGAAAAUGAUGCCAAUGAUUUUGUUGAAUUGGAUAAAAGCAAUGUACUGUUGAUAGGUCCUACUGGUUCAGGGAAAACAUUACUUGCAAAGACACUAGCACGCAUUGUGAAUGUGCCAUUUGUCAUUGCCGAUGCAACAGCUUUAACACAGGCAGGUUAUGUUGGAGAAGACGUGGAAUCAAUUUUGUACAAGCUACUUGUGGAAGCUGAGUUCAAUGUCGAAGCAGCUCAGCAUGGGAUUGUAUAUAUUGAUGAAGUUGAUAAGAUAACUAAGAAGGCUGAGAGUUCAAAUAUUGGUAGAGAUGUAUCUGGAGAGGGUGUUCAACAAGCACUGCUGAAAUUGCUGGAAGGAGCGAUAGUGAAUGUUCCCCUUCCUGAUAAAGGAGCUCGGAGGUAUCCUCGUGGUGACAGCUUUCAGAUCGAUACAAAGGAUAUACUUUUCAUAUGUGGUGGGGCAUUUAUUGAUUUGGAGAAAACCAUUUCAGAAAGACGGCAAGAUUCGUCUAUCGGCUUUGGAGCACCUGUCCGUGCAAAUAUGAGGAGCGGUGGUUUGACUACUGCUGCAGUUACAUCGUCAUUGUUGGAAUCUGUUGAAAGUGAUGAUCUUAUUGCAUAUGGAUUAAUUCCUGAAUUUAUCGGGCGCUUUCCCAUUUUAGUUAGCUUAUCAGGUUUAAAUGAGGACCAACUUGUUGAGGUCCUCAUGAAGCCAAAAAACGCUCUUGGUAAGCAGUACAAGAAAAUGUUCAGCAUGAAUGGGGUCAAAUUACAUUUUACUGAAAAUGCAUUGAGAUUGAUUUCAAAGAAGGCAAUGGCUAAAAACACUGGUGCUCGAGGCUUAAGAGCCAUACUGGAAAACAUUCUUACAGAAGCAAUGUUUGAGAUUCCAGACAGCAAGAUGGAAUCUCAUGGUGUAAAUGCAGUUUUGGUUGAUGAAGAAGCUGUUGGGUCAGUGGAUGAAACAGGAUGUGGAGCUAAAAUUCUUUAUGGUGAUGGUGAACUGGACAGGUUUCUUGCAAAAAGAACAUUGAAGGAUUUUGUGGUAUGUUCUCCUGAUGCACCCUCUUUGUAAAUUGUUGUCUAACUUUGAGCGUCUUUUUGUUAUUGUUUGUCCUGUCUUUAUUAAUUUUUAAAUUAAACAUUUGAAUUUCAUUAAGUAGAACCUGUCAGGAUUUGGGGUGGUUAAUUUUUAACAGAAUUUGGAGAGAAACAUGAUUUCAAAGGGUGUUCUAACUUGUAAGAGGACAAUAAUUCAGAUGGAGUUAUACAGUUUUGAAUAUCAUAGGUCCUCAGUGUUAGGAUUCAAUAUCAUCUGGCGCAUGGAAUUCAAUGCGUAAUACAUAUUAAUGGGAUGUCACUGAAGCUUGUUACAUUGUGUUGGUUUUAUGUAUAUGCUGUUUGAAGUCCAUCUAUUACACUAAAAAGUUUUGAAACUGUUCUGCUUUCCAAAGAUGGAGAGAAAGAGAAGAUUAAAGAAAGGUUGAAGUUUGAAUUUGGUUCUUCUAUCUAAAUUCCAUCGUUUUAGUCCUUUAUCUCAGUUCUAAUGAAUUUAGUCUAUGAAUUAUUUAUCUAAAUUCCAUAGUUUAUGCAUUAACUUAAAAGACGUGGUAUUUUGGUGAUGGUCUAACAUAGUGAGGUUGAUUAGUUUUUUGGUUACGUGACACAUAUCUGUCUAAAAAAUAUCACAAUUAAUUUUGAUUAAAUAAUGAUUAAUAUUUUUAAAAAAUUUUAAAGAAUAACAUUUAGUAUUUGUAUUAAAAUUUAAAGGUUUUUUUUUUGUACUAAUGUGUGUCGUGGUUGAAAAUUUUCAAUUAAUAUGCCAUAUCAUCAACAAAACAGUAAUGACAAAAGUUUAACACCUUUAUCAAUUUUUCUUUAAUCAACUUUUAGUGAGAUUAAAUUCAUUAAAAUAGAGACUGAGGGAUCAAAAUCACAAAAUUGAAAUAGUAUAAAGAUCAAAUUCAGACUUCAACCUGUAAUCAAGUUGUGGUUGCAUUGUAAUUUUAUUCAAUUUCUCACCGAAAACUUAAAAUGAAAAAAAGAAAAAAGAAAAUUAUGUAAGCUUCAAGAAUGAUUUCUUGUGUGAAACAUUUACUUAAUUUUGCUUUUUUCUUUUCUAAAUGAUA